CUAUAUUUUGAACCUUCCAAUCUCGCAGUUUCCUUUUCCACUUCCUCGCCCAGCAAUCGCGAAACGCUUUCUUUCCGUUCUUGCCUACCGCACUCUUCCUUUGCUCGAAGAAGAAGAAGAAUGGAAGACGGGGGGCGAAGAAACGAGGAGCCUUGCAGGUUGUCCUUUCGCGAUGGCCGGUUAGCCUCGAGAAAGGCCGAAGAAGCUGCUCUGAGGCGAUAUGAAGCCGCCAGCUGGCUCGAGAGUAUCGUGGGACCUCUUCGAUUGCCUCCUCUGCCCACUGAGAAGGAAUUUCAUGCCUGUUUGAGGAGUGGCAUCGUCCUUUGCAAUGCCAUCAACAAGAUUCAGCCUGGUGCUAUUCCCAAAGUGGUUGUAAAUCAAUCCGCAGGCACCGCCUGGGACACCCAACCUUUACCCGCCUAUCAAUAUUUCGAGAACAUUAGAAACUUCUUAGUCGCGGUUGAGGAGCUCAAGCUGCCAAGCUUCGAGGCUUCAGAUCUUGAAAGGGACAACGAGGAGAUUGGUUCGGCUGCUAAAGUUGUCGAUUGCAUUCUCACUUUAAAAACCUAUCAUGAUUUCCAGCAAUCCAAUGGUGGUAAUGGGUGGAAGCAUCUCAAAUCUCCACUUCCUCUACUAUCCACUUCACGAAUCAAACCACAUGUUACCUCAUCUGGAUCUCUUCGUAGCAAAUGUUUAGAUAUGUCAACUGCCAAGAUGCAACAAUCCACCAAGGCCAAGGAUCUAAAUGAUCAAGAUGCAUUAGGCUCCCUUGUCACAGUGCUUUCCAAUUUGAUGUUGAAUUCAAAAGAGAACAUUGAUCAAAGCCUUGUGGAUUCAUGGAAUGACGGAAAAACAGACCGUGCUAAGUUAUUCAGCAAAAUAAUGUCAAGUUGUUUGGAUGAUCAACAGUUAUCAUUCAUUCAAGACCUUUGGUUGAAAGGAAAUUCCAAAGGUAGAUGUUCAACCAACUUACUAGAUAAGCAUCGUAGUUUGCCCUUGGAACAUGGUGAUUACAACUAUCGGAAUCAAUUGGAAGCACAAGAAAAGGAAUUAGUGGAACUGAAGAUUCUUUUGUCAGAAGCCAGAGCAGAAUUCAUCAAUUUGCAAACCCAGAUACAAAAAGAUUUCAUACAAUUAGCAACACAGAUUCAUGAGUUAUCUGUUGCUGCUUCUGGAUACCAUCAGGCCAUCAAAGAAAAUAGAAAUUUGUAUAAUAUUCUUCAAGAACUAAAAGGAAAUAUUCGAGUAUUCUGCAGGAUCAGACCAAUCUUCAAUUCACAAGAAAGUUGUAUAGAGUACAUAGGGAAUGAUGGUUCUUUGAUGGUCUUUGAUCCAUACAGACCACACAAUACACGCAAAGUUUUCCAGUUUAACAAAGUAUUUGGUCCACAAACUACUCAAUGUGAAGUCUACAAUGAAACUCAAGCUUUAAUAAGAUCUGUCAUGGAUGGGUAUAAUGUAUGCAUAUUUGCUUAUGGGCAAACAGGGGCUGGUAAAACUUAUACCAUGUGUGGAACAUCAACCGGUUUAUGUGAGGAAAUUGGAAUCAAUCACAUGGCUCUGAAUGAUCUCUUUCACAUAUCCAGCGUUCGCGAGGACAUCACAUAUGAAAUAUAUGUACAGAUGGUCGAGAUCUAUAACGAGAUAGUCCGGGACCUCCUCUGUCAAGAUGCAACAAAUUCAAAGUUAGAGAUCAGGAAUGCCUUGGGAUUUGGUGGGCUGAGCAUUCCUAAUGCCACCAUGCAGUCUGUUCAGUCUAGUGCUGAUGUUCUAAAUUUGAUGAGAUUGGGAGAGAAGAACCGGGCAUUUAGCUCAACUGCAAUGAACCAUAGAAGCAGCCGCUCACACAGUGUCUUGACAGUUCAUGUGCAUGGUAAAGACAUGUCUGGAAACACAACAACCAGUUGCCUGCAUUUAGUUGACCUUGCAGGUAGUGAGAGAGUGGAUAAAUCAGAAGCCACAGGGGAUACUUUGAAGGAAGCUCAAUUUAUUAACAAAUCACUUUCUUGUUUGGGAGAUGUUAUUAUGGCCUUGGCUCAGAAGAAUUCCCACAUUCCAUAUAGAAAUAGCAAGCUUACACAACUCCUACAGAACUCACUAGGUGGAAAUGCAAAGAUGUUGAUGCUUGCUCAUGUAAGCCCGGAAGCAGAUUCUUAUGGAGAAACAAUUAGUACACUUAAAUUUGCACAAAGAACAUCAACAGUUGAACUCGGUACUCCUCGCCAAAACAAGGAAAGCAGUGAAAUCCAGGAACUAAAAGAACAGAUAGACAAUCUCAAGAAGGCUUUGGCUGCCAAGGAAGGAAACAAGGUUAUGCAUGCACCUAAGACAAAAGAACAUACUCCUGUAGCAGAGAGGUCAAGAAAAAUGAUUGAUCGCACUCCACCACGUCCACGAAGGUUGAGCAUUGAGAACACUAGCACUUCAAAGAUUAGAGCAUCAAACAAUCCGGAUGAUAUGCAGGUGCUAAAAUAUACUUCAGAGUAUAGUUUAGUUUGUAAUAGCAAAUUGAGUUAUGAAGGACUAAGUUGUGAAAAGAAUCAGCAAGCAAAAAGAAAUGCAGAUUCAGAUCAAUCAUCAAAAGUGUGUCCAGAAGCACCCGUGGAGAUUGAAAAUAAUUGUGGAAAUGUGGUUUUGCUAGAUGUCUCAGAAGUGAAUGCUGACAUGAACAAUGAGAACCCUGUAGCUGGUGGCAGUGGCAAGGAUCCCCAUCAACCUUUGCCAAGUAGCCAAACCGCACAUGCAGAGAGUAGGAUCCCAAGGAUUGAAGGUGGUUCUAGAAUAGAACAAAGAUCCCCUGAUCGAGCAAGAAAGUUUGAUGUGAUUACUACUCCUACCAGAACAUCAAUUAUCAACAGAAGUUUUAAUAAAGUUUCCAUCAGCAAAGGAUCUCACUUGAGGAAAUCCUUGCAGACAAUUGGCAGACUGAUCAAUGUCUCCGAGAAGAGGAACAAUAUGUGUCCUACAGAAACACCCACCUCAAAAUUUGUCAAAAAGACCAACUUUGAUGAGAAGACGCCAAUUACCAGUGAUGCAAAAUUAAGAAGGCGCCAAUCUUUGACUACUAUCGAGACAUUAGGCUCAAGUGUAUCAAGGAGGACAUCAAUUGGUGGAAAGUCAAUUGAUUCAACUUCAAGAAAUCUUCAAAAUAUGAGAACACCUCCAUCAGCGUGUCCAUCUGCAAAGGCAACAAAGAGAUUUUGAGGGAAGAAUUGCUGCAGAAUUUUGAUGUUUGCUGACUCGUCUCGGUUGAUUUUACGCAGAAACAAGUUGUCAAUCUGCAUCGCAAUGAAUGCCUGUGGAUGUGAAGCAAACCAUGCAGAGUCUGCUAUUUCCAAAUGGAAGCUUGAUGUUUAGUUUAGCUAGCUGAAGGGACACUAAAGAACAUGUCCCCAUAAUGUCUGUGGAUGUGAAGCAAAUCAUGCAGAGUUUGCUAUUUCCGAGUGAGAUGAAGAGCAUUUCUCAGAUCAGCAUCACAAUCUUAUUCAAGUGAUUCAAUUGCACAAAGAUGAUUUGUGGGAUCAAAAAAUGUCUAGUUUGAUUGAUCGAUGUAUUCGGAGCAGAUAUAUUUGUAACUCAAGGUGUGUAUUUGCAUGGUGUUUCCAUUGGAAUUGUUGUGUGUUUACUCAGUCAUUUGGUGGAAAAGUUGAUCUGUGCGCGCCAGUGGGCAAUAGAGUUUGGGAAGUUUAUUGAUUCGAAGUUGACUUAAUGUUAAGGCUUUUGAAGGAGCUUGGAUGAUACCUUAGAGCAAGGAGGGUUGAGUGAUUGCAAAUGCAAUCACAAAGA